AUGGUGAGGCCCUGGCAGACCCCACGGCCCCUACUGGCCAUCCUGGUGACUCUGGUGGCCCUCACCUACCAAGCAAGGAAGAAAACCAGCAUCAGCAUCAGGGAGGUGUCCGCAGAGGAAACGGACUCAAAGAGCACCUUGCAGUUUGUGGUCGAUGAGUACAACAAGGAAAGCAACGACGAGUACAACUUUAGGAUCCUCCGAGUCCUGAAGAUCCUGACGCAGAUAACGGACCACUUGGAGUAUCACCUUACUGUGGAAAUGUGGCGGACCACUUGCCGGAAGUCAGAGACCAUGAACUGUGUCCCCCAGGAAGGGGAGCUUCAUAAGCAAAUCACAUGCAACUUCUCAGUGUUUGCUGCACCCUGGUUUGAAAAGUACAAAAUCCGGAGCAAAAACUGCAACAAUGGCUAG